CUUUCUGUCGCUAGGUGGAUGUCCCGCUCUGCCAUGAGGCCGGCCGAGGGCGACACAUCGGACUGCAUCCUGGUGGUUGGCAUAUCCAGGCCGAAAAUGGCCGCCGCCUUCCUCACUGUCGUCCUACUCUCCCUCUUUCUGACCUUCCACAUUCUCUACGAUAGCGCGAUAUAUAGCCUCCACGCAGCCUCAGCCGUCGAGAGUCGUACCGUCGAACUCGUCUCCCAAGUCCGCGCCACGCCGCCAUUGCUCUUCUCCAGCAAGGUGCACUUCCCGCGCACUAGUCGACAUCUACCUCAGGCGAUCAUCAUAGGCGUGCGCAAAUGCGGCACCAGGGCGCUUCUCGAGAUGCUUUUCCUUCAUCCGCAAAUUCAAAAGGCCACCGGCGAGGUGCACUUCUUCGAUCGUGACGACAAUUACGGGAAAGGCCUCGAGUGGUAUCGACGGAAGAUGCCUUAUUCGUUCAGGGGCCAGAUCACCAUAGAGAAGAGUCCCAGUUAUUUCGUCACGCCAGAGGUACCUGAAAGAAUCCGCGCAAUGAACGCGAGUGUAAAGCUGUUGCUGAUAGUCCGUGAGCCAGUGACCAGAGCGAUCUCAGACUACACUCAGCUGCGAAUUCACGCAGCGACAGCAUCCACGGUGACGAACGGAACGCCGCGUAGCGUGCAACAGCAGCAACAGCAGCAGGCUGCUCGAACUUUCGAGGAGCUGGUGAUACGACCGGACGGCAGCAUCAACGAGUCGUACAGGCCGGUGGCCAUCUCCCUGUACCACACGUACAUGCACAGGUGGCUGGAAGUGUUCUCCAGGGAGCAAAUCCUCAUAGUGAACGGUGACCAGCUAAUCGAGGACCCUGUGCCUCAGUUACGCAGGAUCGAGAACUUCCUCGGUCUGGAGCCACGAAUCGGCAGACACAAUUUCUACUUCAACCAUACGAAAGGCUUCUACUGCCUGCGUAACGAGACGUCUGAGAAGUGUCUGAAGGAGAGCAAAGGCAGACGUCAUCCGCGGGUCAACCCGAUAGUGGUGACCAAGCUGAGGAGGUUCUUCAACGAGCACAACCAACGUUUCUACGAACUCGUGGGCGAGGAUCUCGGCUGGCCUGAGGAAUAA